GCUAGUAGCUCUUUGUUGUCUUCGUUUAGUGCAGCGGCAGCAGAGGAGACAGAACUGGAGGAAGAUGGCGGGGUCCAAGGUGAAGCAGGACAUGCCUCCACCGGGAGGCUAUGCUCCUUUUGACUACAAGAGAAAUUUACCCAAACGUGGUCUUUCAGGGUAUAGCAUGUUUGGUAUUGGAAUUGGCAUUAUGAUGUUUGGCUACUGGAGGCUUUUUAAGUGGAACAGGGAAAGGAGACGUUUACAGAUAGAGGAAUUGGAAGCACGAAUUGCUUUAAUGCCUCUUCUACAAGCAGAACAUGACCGCAAAACUUUACAAAAACUACGGGAAAACCUUGAGGAGGAAGCUAUUCUCAUGAAGGAUGUUCUAGGUUGGAAGGUUGGUGAAAGUGUAUUCCAUACAGACCGCUGGGUCACCCCUCUGCCCGACGAACUGUUCAACCUGCGACCAAGAGAAGAGCUUUUGCACAAACGUUUUGGCUUCUUGUGGUAUGUGUAGUACCUCAAGGACUCCCUUACACAGCCCGAGUUGAACUCUGCUGUUCAUCUUGUAAAUGUUAAAUAUUAAAGUAUACAUUUUCUGUACCUGAA